CCCCGCCGCCCCUCCACGCCCUGCAGCCCCCACCGAGACCCGCGGAGCUACAGCCUGAGGUGAUGUGAACUAGUGUGCGGCAGAAAUUUGGACUGGACGAUGAUCAUCAGAGGUCCCUUGAGAACAUCUCUGCCGGGGCUGCUAUAGCGACGCGGAGGACGCCGGCGCCGAGCGGAGCCGCAGGGACGGAGACCAGACAUGCCCUUCUCCCAGCGCUCCUACCACCCGCCGACGGCCGAGACCGGCGCGGGGCCGGCGGCGUAUCCCGCGUUCCAGUUCCGCGGGCGGCACGAGAACCCGGACUGGCGGCGGCUGAGCACCGUGGACGUGGAACGGGUGUCGCGGGAUGGGGACGUGGCGGUCCUGCAGACGCACUUGGAGCAUGUCACCUUCUGCAGCGCCGAUCAGGAGCGCUGCCCGCACUGCCAGGGCCCCGCAGACCCGCUGCUGCUGAAGCUGCUGCGCAUGGCACAGCUCUCCACCGAGUACCUGCUGCACUCCCAGGAGUACCUCAGCGCCCAGCUCGGCAGCCUGGAGGAGGCUCUGAGAGAGACACAGGCCCAGCGUGACCAGUUGGGGAAGGAGGUGGCCCAGCGCUUGCAGGAGAUCCAGGGGCUCAAGGAAGAAUGCAGGCGGAGGAAGAAGAUGAUCAGCACCCAGCAGAUGAUGCUGGAGGCACGAGCGAACUACCACCAGUGUCCGUUUUGUGAAAAGGCUUUUAUGACCUAUUCCUUUUUACAAAGUCACAUUCAAAGACGUCACUCAGGAGAGUCUGAGAUCGAACAGAAGAGGAAAGGAAAUACAGAAAAAUUGCAGGAUGAGAUUGAAAAACUGAAGGAGCAGUUGCAGCUCACCAAGUCCCAGUUAGAGUUUGAACAACAGGCUAAUUUGGCCAGGCUGUCUAAGGAAUGUGAGCAGCAAAAAUCAAAAGAAGAAGAGAUUCUACAAUCAUUUAACAAAUGGAAAGACGAGGAAAGAGAGAAAUUGGCUGAUCAAAUAGAAAAAGUGAAAGAUAUGUUUAUGAAAGAGCUUAAGGAGUUAUAUUCAAGAAAUUCAACCUUAGAAAAUCAACUGUUAGAAUUACAAAAGUCCAAUAUGCAACAAAAAUCCAAUUUAGGAACACUGAAAGACAGCCAUGAAUUUAUAGAGGAGAAACCUCAGCGUCCUCAGGAUCAUCCAAAUGUGGUUAGACUAAUGGAAAAACAGGAAAAAAAGUGGACAACUUUAAUACAAGCCAUCCGUCAUGACCAUGAGACAGAAAAGUCCCUGCUACUGUCACAGAUUGAGACAAUCAAAACAUCAGCAAGAGAAGACCUGAACAGAAAUAACAUCUUUUACAGGAGGAGGAUAGAAGAAUUGGAGCAGAGGCUUCAGGAGCAGAAUGAGCUGGUUAUUAGUCAGAAGAGGCAGAUAGAAGAAUUGUCCACAAAACCACCUCCAAGUGUUAAAACAUAUGAUGUGAACACUCCUGUAGAGCGUCUUCAAGAAUCUAAAUCAAGUCCAUCAGUUAUCCUACAUGAAACUGAGAAAAGUGAUCUAAAACCAGAUAGAAGUAACCACUAUUUAAUAAAUGCUCUGAAGUCUGAUCCUUCUUUAACUAAAGAAUUGCGAGCUGUUUUGGAGCAAGCUCUGGAGGAGAAGCUGGAAUCCUUGGGAAUUAAAGCAGGUGUUCGUGGAAUAUCAAGUGAUCGCUUAAAUAAAAUUUUGCGAGCAAUUGAAAGUGCCAGAGAACGCAAAGAGAAGCAAGAGCCCACCAUGCUUGGAAUUCGAGAGCAUCUUGAACGUCAAGUUGGCUUUCGGGUUGAAGAGAAAUCAUCAUCUUCUAGAAGACCCGAUUCCUGUGCUCAGCUUCUUGGUGAAGAAAAACACAGGUUCAAUCCAUUGGGAGUUUCCUCAUUUGCCACACCACAAAAGCCAUCAAAGUCGUCUCCAUCAGCUGUCCGCCCACCUGGACAAAGAACAAUCCUCCCUGAGUUUACUUCUACUCCAAAAUCCAGGAAGAUUCUUGGAAGUGGAGGUUCCAGAAAAACAUCUAGCAUCACAACACCACCAUUCAGUUCAGAGGAAGAAGCUGAUGAAGAUGAUAUGAAACAGUCUUAUGUAACACCAGAGACAUUGCAAAAGCAGUCAAAACCAUCAAGCAGCAUAGUCCAUGCUUUUCAGAAGCCUUCUGGCAAAAGUGAUGGGAAUGGGAUGGAGGAAAACAGAGCUGGAGAAACUGGAACACCUCCCAGAACUUCUAAAGGAACAGUUAUUAAAAAACUGACCAAACAAGUUGGAGAGAGUCUUUCUAACCAUGGAAGUAAGAACAAACCAGCUGGAGGAAUUAAUGUUACACAGGCAUUUAUUAAGAAAGAAGAGGUGAAAGAACUGAAGCUCACAGAAGCUGAUGAAGACGAUUGGGAUAUUUCAUCAGCCGAGGAAGACAUUUUAUUGAUGAAAGCUGACAGAGGUCAGAAGGCGAUGACAGUUCAUAAAAAUGAGCCCAAUGGUGCAUCUGUGGUACAUGCAUGGGGCCUUCCCAAGAAAAGCGUGCCAAAGGAGGAAGGCCUUCAUGAAGCUGAUAAUACAAGCACGUUAAAAAGCAGCUUAGUCACUGUGACAGACUGGAGUGAUUCUUCAGAUAUAUAAUUGUUCCAUUCCUGAUGAGAGGUCCUGCUUUUGGGGUCUGCUGGGGUUCAAAAUGCAGGUGAAAACGUCAAGUGUUUCCCAGUAACUUUUCUCAUUGGUCCUGUAAUAACAAGGAAUACUGUUUACAGAGCUCUUGUGUCAUUCAAUCUGACUCUGAAAAAGAAUAUUGAAAUAUGCAAUACUGGCCAUAUCUGUUUGGAAACAAAUUAAUUCUUCUCUCUUUUUGUGGUAGUUUGACCUCAGCCAAGCCCCACACAGCCACUCAUUCACUCCCUCACCUGCGGAACUGGGGAGAGACUUGAAAGAGUAGAAGUGAGAAAACUCAUGGGUUGAGAUCAAGGCAGUUCAAUAGGGAAAGCAAAAGCCACACACACAAGCAAAGCAAAGCAAAGCAAAGAAUUAAUUUACUGCUCCCCAUGGGCAGACAGGUGUUCAGCCAUCCCAGGAGGGCAGGCCCCAUCAUGUGUAAUGGUGGCUUGAGAGGACAAAUGCCAUCACUCCAAAUAUCUUCCUCCUUCUUCCCUCGCUGUAUAUACUGAGCAUGAUGUCACAUGGUCUGGAAUGUCCCUUUGGUCACUUUGAGUCACCUGUCCCACCUGUGUCCCCUCCAAACCUCCCAUGCACCCCCAAUUUCCUCGCUGAAGUGGUGGUAUGAAAAAAGAAAAGGCUCUGUGCAAGCCCUGCUCAGCAAUACCUAAAACAUCUCUAUUAUCAACUCUGUGUCCAGCACAAAUCCAAGACACAGCCUCAUACCAGCCACGGUGAAAAAAAUUACCUCUAUCCCAGCCAAAACCAGCACACUCAUGAGUUCAGUGGUGAAAGUCUCUUUCAUUUCUCUGAGGUGAAUAUUUUGCCUCUAAUGUUUACAUUAAAGAUUGAAAUUGGUCUUGCAAGAAAGCCUGUUAACCAAUGAACAGAAUAUACCGCAGAAUAUUACUGUAUACAAUUUUUAAUGCCUAUUUUCUUGUAUUUUAUCAUGAACUUUAUAUAAA